GCUCGGGUGGGGAGGCUCGGGUGCCGACGCCGUUGGGCCGCCACGGCCUCCUCGCUCUCCGCUCGGGGCUCGGGGCCACUGCGCUGGGGAGGCCGGCCGCCCGGGGCGCAUCGAGUCAGACCUUCAAGUACUUUGUGCCAAAUCACUACCACCUGCCACAUGAGUCUAAGUCAUGACCGACGCCAAGUAUGUCCUCUGCAGAUGGGAAAAGCGAUUAUGGCCUGCAAAGGUUUUGGCCAGAACGGAGGUGGCAACAAAAAAUAAGAGGAAAAAGGAAUUUUUUCUAAGUGUUCAAAUACUCUCCCUAGAUGAAAAGAAAACACGUUCGAAAAUGUCUUCGCGGCCUUGGCUGGUAGCAGGUAACGGGCGUUUCUGUCCCCGCAGGAUUGAGGUGAGGAGCACGGAAGUGGAGGCCUUGAGGGUGGCGCACAUCGAACGAAUCGCUUCCACGUUGGAGUCUACCCUGGGACCGAGCCUGUUCCGGACUCCCUGCGCGGCCGUCUGCGAGCGUUGGGAUCUGCUGGUCGCAUCCGUGGCCUCCGGUGUACAUAAGAAUGAGACCCGGACCUCCCAGAAUGAGGUUCCUGCUGAACCCCUAGAGGAGCUGGCCUACAGACGCUCGCUUCGAGUGGCCCUGGAUGUUUUGAACGAGAGCACAGGUCUGCCUCAAGAAAGCCCUUCUAGGGAAGAAAGAACUGCUCUGUGUUCACGAGAGAAGCCCAUGGAACUGGCCUCCUUGCUCUGUGGCCCUGCCUCUUCCUGCGUCCAGGAGGCUGUGCCGGGCAGAUCUGGACCCGAGAGGAGGGAACGUGUCCACCCGAGGCUGUCAGGUUCCCCCACUUGUCAAAAGGACCCCAAGUGCAAGGUGGACCACAAGAAGGAGCUCAGGAAGAGUGGAAGCCCACAAGCCUUGGUAGUCCCGCCAGCCAGAGGUGGUUCUCAGCAUGGUAGUGGGUCGAGAACGUGCUGUGCAAGUCGGACAACCCCUAGCAAAAGGGGAAGAAGUUCAGGUCGGGAGCCCACUGUGGGUCAGAGUGCCCCUUCCCUCUCGGAGGGAGACGACGAAGAAAGCCGCCUGCCAGCCCCCCGCUCACCUCCCACAGUGAAGGAGGAGGGUCUCUGGGCCAAAGGACGAGACCCCAGCUUACCUUUGCCUGGCCCCACCGGGCCCCCAGCCCCAGGGCGCCCAGCCUGCCCGGAUGCCCAAGGCCUCCCUGCCAAGCGGCCUUGCCCCGAUAGUGGCCAGAGGCCACCCGCGGCUCGGCUGGAGCCGGGGGCAGUGGCGUCCCCCAGGCAGGGGCCCGGGAGAUGCAGAGCUCUGCCCGGCGCUGCCAGACUCCACCUGCCUGCCCCCCGGGCAUCCACGGAGGAGACGGGAGAUCCUCGAGUCCUCGUGGAGGAAGCUAAAGCCCGUCCGACUUCGGGGGAGUCCGUGGAGCGUGCGCCCAUCCGUUCCGUUCUGGACGAGGAGGAGGACGAAGAGGAGCCCCCCCGCAUCCUGUUGUACCACGAACCACGCUCCUUUGAAGUAGGAAUGCUGGUCUGGCUGAAACACCAGAAGUACCCCUUCUGGCCAGCAGUGGUCAAGAGCAUCCGGCGAAGGGAGAAGAAAGCCAGCGUGCUCUUCAUUGAGGGGCACAUGGACCCGAAAGGGAGAGGCAUCACCGUGUCUCUCCGGAGAUUGAAGCACUUUGACUGCAAAGAGAAACAGGAACUUCUGAACGAAGCCAAGGAGGACUUCGACCAGGCCAUCGGCUGGUGCGUCUCCCUGAUCACGGACUACAGGGUCCGGCUCGGCUGUGGCUCUUUUGCUGGCUCCUUCCUGGAAUAUUACGCGGCUGAUAUAAGUUACCCUGUCCGCAAGUCCAUCCAGCAGGACGUGUUGGGGACCAGGUUUCCCCAGCUGAGCAAGGGGGACCCUGAGGAGCCUGUGACGGGGAGCCCUCAGGGAAGGAGGCGGCCUCGCAGGAAGGUCCUCCCCGACCGCUCGCGGGCUGCCCGGGACCGGGCCAACCAGAAGCUGGUGGAGUACAUCGUGAAGGCCAGGGGCGCCGAGGGCCACCUGCGGGCCAUCCUGAGGAACAGGAAGCCGUCCCGGUGGCUGAAGACCUUCCUGAACUCGGGCCAGUACGUGACCUGCGUGGAGACGUACCUGGAGGACGAGGAGCAGCUGGACCUGGUGGUGAAAUACCUCCAGGGCGUCUACCAGGAGACGGGCAGCAGGGCGCUGGCACGGAUCAACGCCGACAGGAUCCGCUUCGUCCUGGACGUCCUUCUGCCUGAAGCCAUCAUCUGUGCGAUCGCUGCGGUGGACGCCGUGGAUUACGAGACGGCCGAGGCGAAGUACCUCCGAGGACCUUCGCUCAGCUACCGGGAAAAAGAAAUGUUUGAUAACCAGCUCCUGGAAGAAAGGAGUCAGCGGUGCUGACGCUGGAGGGGCUGCCGCGCGGGUCCUGUGGCCGGUGGGUCCGUGCCGUCCUCACGGGGGCUGGAGUGUGCGUGCUUCUCAUCUGUGGCUUCUGUUUUCCUGGCUUUUUUUUGGAAGGUACAGUUCCUGAAAGGUUUUUGAAGCAAAUGUUUUUAUUUUCCUUCAUAUUACUAUUUGUGACUGUGCUGUAUUGUUUAACAUAAGGUGCACAUUUGUUUUUUUAUGUUAAAAAGCAUUGUAUCCAGUAUUAAAGAGUUUCAAAACA